GACGGCUCCUGACCCGGUCGGAUGGCUCAUGAUUGUCAAUUUGUGUUGCCGAGUCAAGCAGCAAGCAGCAGGCAGACCAAGUCAAGCAGGCAACCCCAGUCAAGCUGUAGGUCUGGGCUAUAAAUAGAGGCAGACAUCCCUCUCUUUUUGCCCCAGCGCAUCACCCACUCACAUCAGACUCAACAACAAUCACUUGGACACCACUCCUUCUCCACUACACUCUCAUUCACCCUCUCAAAGUUCACCAGUAUGCGAAGCGUAAUCGUUGCCGUCUGCCUCUUGGCUGCCGCCGCCAUGGCAUCCCCAGUAGAACUCCAAGCCCGAAAGCCGUGUGGAUACAGCUGUGACCCAUCCUACAUCAAUGGCGGCAACACCGGCGGUGGUUUCUUCUACGACAGCGACCGCUCGAGUGACAGCAGAUACCACGACUCAGCGAGCCAAUUCCAAUCCACUCCUUAUGGCAUAUUCAGCAGCCAAAGGGAGAAUGACGCUGCCGCCUCCUCCCAUGAUCACACCCAAAUCAUCUCCACCCCCGGCAUCGACGACGGCCGCUUGUACUAGGCAGCGACACAACACCGUGCCC